AUGCCUGUAAGAUGGUGGAAGCUGUCAGCAUCAUGUCUGCUUGCGAGCCAGACUUGGGGCUUCUCAUCCAAACAGAUAGUGAUUGAUGUAGACCAUGGAAUUCAGGCGGCUUUUGAAUCCCCAGAGCAUCAAAGCAUUGGCAACUCGGUUCAUUUGACAUAUUCCAAUAGAACCAUUUCAGGCUCGAGCUUUGACUAUGUUGUUAACAAUCACUCUCUUUCAUUCGGCAAUAUCAUCCUACUUGCAGGCGAUUUCUUUUUUCACUGGCACGCUACUUAUUGUGCGGAAUCCAUCAGUGAUAGUUGGGACUUCAACCAAACGAGAAGCAUCGAAGUAGCCAAGGAUAAUGCAAAUCUACUAAGGCUUGACUCAUCAGACCUUAUCAGUUGCAUUUUGCCUUUAGUAGAGGAGCAAGGAAACGUCACCGCGACUGCCAUGCAGCACGGUCAAGAUCCCGCUCAAAUAUACCAAGACCAAGCAUAUCAUUAUAACAAGAAUUUCGCCCAUUGCACCUGGGGCUAUAUUGGAAUUGCUCUAUGCAACCGUGAUCAUUUCGGCACGGAUGCUGGCAAGGCAUACAGUGCCGUCCAUUCAGCUGCUCUCGAGAGGGCCCGUGAUGCUGUCUCCGACUCUGAUCUGAAGGAGGCCUACUUUCUUGAGGCUUUUGGACAGCACUUUUUAACUGACCUCUUUUCUGCUGGUCAUAUACGAACACCGCGUCGAGCCUUGCACAGUACCGGUCCGCUUUGUAGUACCUGUCUCUACGAUCUUUGGCCUGCAGAUCAAAGUGGGAAGAAUCAGCAUGAUGAAGAUUCUACUAACGGCUUAUGGGUCACUAAUGACAUUGGCCAAUCCUGGGCUGCGUAUGGUGAUAUGCAUCUCAUGGACGGCCGUUCUGCCAAGAACCUUCAACAUGUAAUUGAAGCCUGCCAGUUGGGGAUAGAGGAGAUAUGGUGGGCCUUUCGAACACAUGAAUUCCCUGCCCCUCUUGACUUUGUUGCGCUAAAAAAGGCACCUGUGCCAGAGUCUACGAUUGGUGUAGGUAACUUUGUUCCAUUAUUCGAACGGUCUUCCAAAGACAGUGAUUUUGUUCUUUUCAGAGAGGAUGUGACCCAGCGUGCAAUGAGUCAUGAUAGGCAGAUGAUCGCUAUGAAUCAAAGCAACUACGACUGGGAUAUUGUGACCAAAUUAUAUGCAAGAUCUGGCCCUUCCCUUAAUAUGUACGUUUUCACAAGAGCUUUCAAUUCUGCAACAAACUUUAUUCAUUUCGGGGUAAUUGGAAACCACUCAGACAAGCUCCUGGCUAGCGCUUACGGGAACGUUGAAGCUGGCAGUCAUGGUGUGUACUGGAGUAUGCAAUCUCAGUCAUCAAGUACUGUUGCAAUUGGAACCAGCUGGACCUCUUGGAAAGAUGCUAGCCUCGUCAGCAACGGUACCGUUUCUCUAGUUGCUCGUUCAUUGACUGAAUCAAAUAUCUCCGUUGCUCAACAUCUCGGGUUGCACUUUUCACAAGGUAGAGAUGGAAGGAUGACGACAGAAGUGUGGUGGAACCAAGCAGUCGAAGAUGGUAAUGACGAGUAUGAAACAGGCCAAGUACUCUAUGGCAUAUUCGACGCAAACUCAAAAGCUGUAUCAAUGGUAAAGUACUUUGAGCACAACACCAGGUUAUCAAAGGUCGAAAUCUGGGCUGUACCCAUGGAGAAGGGAUCAAUACCUACCAUUUUGAACAUGCAACUCGAUACACCACAACUUAAGUAUGUGCUCUAUUACUCCGUACCUAAAGAAAAUGAGUUAACGAAAUCCAGCUUCCUCUUACUCCAUAAGACAGCUAUCACUGAUGAGCAUUCCACGCUGGUUGGCUACGGCUGCAACCUUACUACUGGAUAUUGGUACUUUGCAAACUGGAGAAAAGACUUCACUGAGAAGGUUGUCUCGCAGAUCUUUGAACCCAAUGCUUUCAAGGCCCAAGCACUUCUGUCUGAUCCAGCUUCUGGGUGUCUCAUUCGAUUACGUUUUGGGAAAUGGUAUCCUGUCGCAACUGCAUUGCGCAUCGACAGAAUCUGUGCCGUGCGUGACGACAGCACGGAUAAAGUGUCUCUAUCGAAUCCGCCCCAGAGUCAAGUCUUCAACAUAUCUUGGCCUGCAUAUCUAGAAAAGGACUACCUGCUGUGGUUCCUUUGUGACGUUGACGGUGAUGGCCAUAAGGAUCUUGUCACGUACACCUCUUUAGAAAAUAACAUCGUUCUCCAUGUGGUAGUCUUCCCAGGGCGAACCGAUGGAACCUUUGCUUCUCCGAUUGUCAGUCCCAUCACCAUAGACCCGGAGGUCGGAAGAUUGAUGUCCGCGGAAUUCAUGACACCAAUGAAGACCAUCCAAGCAGAUUUUACAUAUCCUGUGGAUGGGAGUAUUACAAGCGCAGGCAUCAUUUCGUUCUUCGACAAUUAUGGAAUAGUAGGGGCAAGAAUGAUCGCUCCCAAGACAGCGAAAGGGACGUUCGAGUAUGAGUUCAAGGGGCAGAACCCUUCAAUCGCUGGGCAGCGAUCGACCACAUUAGGCAAAAGACCUGGAAAUUGGAUGGGCUUGGAUAGAAGGGAGGAAGCGAUUGGGCUAUUAGCCUUCUAA